AUGGAAACCAAACCCCAACCCCCUCCACCAUGUAUUCUAAAUGUCAGUGCUGUGUCCACUGCUGCUCUUGUCCUUCAUAAAUCAUGUAUUCCAUCCUGUCGUCGACAACUUAUUUUUCGAUGCCAUCAAUUUCUGGAGAAAAACCCUUUUGACCAUGCACUUCAGAAGACGCUCAUGGUGGCCCGUCAACGUUUCUUGGAUAACCGCUUGUCAAAAAUUUCACAUUUCCCUUCUCUAGUGCCGAACUCCCAGGGAUAUCGCCUGCAAGAUUUUGCCAAAGAUCUAGCGACUCAGCUGGACGUCUCAAGGCUACUAAUGCCACGAUCGGGAACCUUAGACUCCGCCUUUCUUUGGAGGCCUUCAACGUCAUGCUCGCCACCCAACUACUGGUUACGCACAUCAAACCUCACGUGA